UCCAUUACAGUAAAACGUUAAGGAAAUUGGUGGUCAUUUCAUUACUUAUUCCUACGACAACUGUCAGUGAAACGAGGCGGAAUCGUAUUUUGUAUUUUAUAAUUUAAAAUCUAUUUAAUAUGCAUAAAGUGUGUUGUUUACUACAAGACUUAUAGUAAAUACGUCAUUCCAAAAUUAAGAGUUUAGAUAGUGGAAAAUUCAAUAUAAAACAUCUGACAUAGUGUUUUUGCUACACCUGCCGAAAGUAACGAGUUUUAUCUUUUUUAAUCGAGCGUAUAUUAUUGCUUAAUAUGUUUUGUAUAUUGUUUGAAAUUACAAAUAUACGAAACAACAGUCUUACAUAAAUAUAUGAAUACCGAUUUUUUUUCAAAAAGGCUUCUCUGUGUUCCAGAAAAUAUAUAAGUUAAAAAUAAGUAAACUCGUGAAUUGUGUUAAGAAAAAAAUAUUUAUGGGAAUCUUUUUCCACUUACAGAGACCUUAAGAAUUUUUAGAUAAGUAUCGUCAAAUUACUAUUUGUGAAGCAUCCAGCACUUUAUUACAUCAAAGGAUUUUCUUCAACUCACAAAAUAUCAAAUUAUACCACUGGAAAAAUCAAGAAGUUUCUUCGAAAACAAUGGAAUAUAUGGACUUAAACAGAACAAACACGUCGAUUUCAAAAACGGUUGAAAAUAACGAAACUACCCCCACGGAAGUCGUAAUAAUAUGUUCUUUGAUUUUUAUUGUGAUAGGAGUAAUUGGAAUAGGUGGAAAUUUGUUGGUGAUUAUUUCUGUGAUGUGCAACAAGAAGAUGAGAACAUCCAUGACAAACCUACUGAUUACAAAUCUCGCGGUUGCAGAUUUAAUGAUCAUGGUAUUUGGAAUACCUGAGAUAAUAGAGUUCAUGAAGAAAAAUGGAUGGACCUUGAAUUUAUUGACGUGCAAGAUUAAUCGCUACAUCUUGGUGUCCGCACUCUAUGGCUCUAUUCUCACAUUGCUGGCUCUAUCAGUUGAAAGAUACAUCGCCAUUAUACAUCCGAUCAAGGCUCAUAUCUUAUGCAACAAAAGAAGACUUGUCGUUGUACUAGGAUGUAUUUGGCCUUUUGCCUGGAUUGCCGGUUUACCGACACUUCUGUUCAACACACUGGAUCAUAGUGGGCCGGAUCGUCGGUUACAAUAUUGCAUGAUACAAUUCCCAGGGGACCACAUGCACGUUUUUCUCGCGUUCAAAUACGCAGAGUCAUUAUUAUUCUACUAUAUGCCACUCGUUUUACAGAUAAGUUUGUAUUUUCGAAUUUCCCGGCAUCUUUUUAUCGGAACAGAUCGUUUGUAUCGAAUAGUACAUACGAGAGAUCUCAAUGGAAUGCCUGCAGAAAGGUUUUCUGAAGCUUUACAAGCAAGGAGGGGUGUCGUGAAAAUGUUAAUUCUAAGUGUCUUUGUUUACCUUUUUAGUUAUUCCCCGCACCAGUUCUUACUCAUCUGGAAUACAUUUGCACCAAAAACGUUUCAUGAGAACUGGACUUAUCUCGUAUUUACUAUGAUCAUUGCUUAUGUAAAUUCGGCCGCUAACCCGAUAUUAUACAGCAUAUUUAGUCAGAACUUUCGACAGUGCUACAAACAGUUCGCAUUUUGUGCAAUUGGAAUGCGUAAACCGGAGAAUAAAGCGAGAAGUAGGCCACCGUCUACAAACGUACAUGGCUCACCAAAAUUAUGGCGACAUAUGAGUACAGCGACAGCAUCAACAAACGUGUAAACAAUCAUAUGAUUGCUCGUGUGUGUAUGUGUUGUGUCGCAAUGUAAUUACAUUCAUUAUAACAUGAGCAACUUGUUUGUCUGAAAUGUUUUAUAUUGUCGCAUAAGUUUUUCCAUGAAAACAUAGAUAACCUUAUGCAUUAUCCACUUACUGGUUUUCAAACAAAAAACGGUAAGUGCAUAAGUGAUAAGGCUAUCAAAUCCACUCAAACUAAGAUUAACGAAUCAUACAUCACACAACAGUAUAAAGUAUUUUUCUGUUUUGAGGCAGGUCAUCUGUAUGUAAACAGGAAAGAAACAUCACUUUUUUAUCAUUUAUUUUACAAAACUGUAUCAUAACCACAUUCUUGUUAAAGUUUUUGUUAUGAAAAUUGUAUGUUAAAUGAACAUUGUAUAUGUUUGCGUGUGUCAUCGAUGAUCAGGUCAAGCAACAACUCUCCAAAGUAAUAUUUUGUUGUUCAAGUAUACUAAUAUAAACUUCUAAUUCUCCCUCGAUAUUAUUUGCAAUAUCUUUCAUAGGAGUGUAUUUACAAAAUUUCUAAUACCCUUACAAAUCUUAUAAAUAAUAUGUUGAAAUUAAAUAAAAUCAUUUUAUGAAACUAUGUCAUUUUAUUCAUUUUACGAGCGCUGUCCAUCUUUUAACAGUCACAAAAGUACAUUUGAAGCUUCUUCAUUUUAACAUUCAAAUAAUAUUUAUUAUCAUACUGAGGGUUGGUUAGGAAUUAUUUCUGAUUUUUAUGAUCAAAUAUCAAGCCAGAUUUAAUUUCUCCUAUAAUAGUAAAGAAGUAAUUUUCCUUUUGUUAUGACUUUUGUUAUGACUGUCAUGCUAUUCUAGUAAAGAAGUAAUUUUCCUUUUGUUAUGACUUUUUUUAUGACUGUCAUGAUUUUCUUGCAUUCCAAUGAACUUCGUUCGCUUGUUUAUAAUAGAAAUCUAUGUAUUCUUUUGUGACUUUUUAAAAUUAGGUCAAGGUAGUUAAAUAAAUUAAAAGAUGUAGUAGCCUUUAUCAAUUUCGUUGAAACCUGAAAGCGUUUUCUUAAUCAUGUUUUCUUCUAACCAUAUGAGGGGAAUUUCAUAAAUAUACUAUUUGUAAUAUGAAAGGUAUUGCAAAAAAAAUCUCAAGAGUGAGUUAAAAGUUUCUUUAAAUGUAUAUGUUGUAUUUUAUUUUCAUGCCGAAGGAGUCGAAAACUAGGAAGGCAUAUAGUGUUAGAACAGCCGUCAUUUCGUCCUUCGCACUUUCUUGUGUACUCAAGUUCUACAGUUUGAUCAAAUUCUAACGUAGCUAAGUACACAUCAUAAAACAUGAAGUGGACAUACGCAUAAUUUUGGGAUUUUUAUGAUAUAUUUUCUUUUAGUUAUGUCCCUUUAUGGACUUAUCAAUACCGGUAUUAAAAGUACAGCUAUAUAAUGAGUAUUUAGCAUCUCCUCUAGUUUCCAUCCUAUUAAAACGGCACUUGGUUUACAUCAUCAAUAUGAAGUGGACAUACACAUAUGAACGUUCAUGUCCAGUCACUAUUUUUAGGUUAUGCCCCUUUUCUAGGCUUAGCCAUAUUACAACUACAUCUGUGCCAUGUUUACAGUACAUUAUCAAAAUGAAUUGGACAUGUACAUAUUAUCGGUAAUUAUAUGUCAUUUUUUUAUUUUUAAGCUAUAGCUCCUUCUAUAUUAGAAAUAUUAGAAGUACCGCUGUACAAUGAGUACUAAAGUCAAGUCCUCUACCCCUACAAUUUCCACCUACUAGUAGUGUAAACGAAAUUUAGGAUACAUUGUCAACAUAAAGCCACAUGUUAUGUUUAUUUCUUGAGGUUUAACCAUAGUACGUGUACAUUUGUACAUUUUAUACUCGACUUCACCUACAGUUUCCUUCUAAUUCAAAAGGAACUUGAUAUCCGUUAUCAGCUUCAAUAGACAUGCACAUAUUGUUGGGACAUUUUUGUCGGAGUUUAUUUUGAAUUUGCCCCCUUUUCUGAACUUUUCUUCUAUCAAGCAUUUUCAAGGGAUAUGUGUCAUACAAUGUUGACAUCAUUCUUUUUAUGUUAUAUUUAUGUUAUAUACAUGUAGUAACUUGAAUACAUUAAACGACUCUAUUGUCCUUUACACAGGAUUAAAUUACCUUAAAUACAAACAGGUUUGCCUAUGAUCGGCUUAUCAGUGUAUAUAACGUCACUAUGGUAGUGUGAAUAAAGAUUCAAAAUUUCCUAUAGCAUAAUUGAAAAUUCUCAUAAAAAAGAAAUGUUUUACCAUAAACCGUCAAUAAACUUUAAAAAUAAGUAAUAAAAUACACAGUUUCAAACAAAAAUCCAAUUUCGGGGAUAACACGUAGAUAUGUUUUAAAUUUUAAAAAUGUUUUGCAUAGUAAGAAAUAACAAGAGCUCGUCGAAGACGA